AUGAACGGCUUCCAGUUGGCGCCGGCGGCGGCCCUAGGCGGAAUGGCUGCUGUAUCCCAGACAGGAAAGAGCGUGAGAUGCGGAGGAGCAGGGUUUGACCUCGGAAACGUGGCACCUGUGAUAUCCCGUAUCGCCGCGUUGCCGGUAGGCGAAAUCCGGCCAGGAGGGUUGAACACGACGCAUUGGACACCUGAAAAAGAGAGACAGAGAGCGCACAGGCCGCCAUCUUUUUGCCGGCGCAAUGAUACCCAAUGCGGUUACGGACAAAGAAAUUGUCUUUAAGUACCGGCCAUCCACCCUCCCCAUUCCUCAUCUCGAGCUGCGACAUUCUUCUUCGUCUAGGAAGCAAGAAGGUCCGUUACUCUCUCUCUCUCUCUUUCUCUCUUUCUCUCUAGCAAGGUACGAGCACUUCCCAUUUUAGCUAGUCUUUCAUCUUCUUGUGAUUGUUAAGGAUAAGAAGACCAUCACGUUUCGCUAGUCUCUCGCAGGAUCACUCAAGUCCAGAAGAUGUCGUCGUUUUCAUUGCCCAUGGAUGGAGAUGCCACUAGCGAGCAGACGAUCGGCUGCCCGUUGGACUUAACCGGGGACUUCAUGAUACUGCCCUCCCUUUCCAUUUCCAUCUCCGAUACCGUACCGGCCCUCGUGGCGACUCCCACCGUCGUCGAAGGAGUAAUCCGAGUUUACCAUUCUGUUAUUCAUCAUUAUCAUUGUCAUCAUUAUCGUCGUUGUCGUCAUCGUCGUCAUCUUCUUUUUCUUGUCCAACGUUAACCCCACUAAAACGGAUCUCCAUUUUUGCGUUCUUCUCCGACUGUGAAGAACGUUGAAGGCCGUGAGAAUCUGAACGAAAGAGAUGACGAAUCAAGCUGCGACGAGAACUAUGUUGCUCCGAUGCCGCAGCCUCCGCAAACUGAGCAGAGGACCGGUGAGAGGAGCAGUGGCUGGCGCUCCGCGAAGAAGCGUCACACCCCAGAACAGAUAAUGGGGUUGGAGGCGUAAGGAACAAACCCUACACAAAAUAUCGACGAUAGAAACACACGAACGCGAGAGGUUAACUCUCCCUUCUUACGUCGACUAUCAUCGAGAGUGUUUUUGCAGGGCCUUCAGGGACUGCUGUCACCCGAGCGACAAGCAGCGGCUCAGUCUGAGCGAGGAGCUAGGGCUGACGCCUGAGCAGGUGAAGUUCUGGUUUCAGAACCGCCGGAAUCAACUGAAGGUAGGGUUUGCCCACGUUCUCGUCGUCCCUCCAUUUUUUGCUCUUUCUUCUCUCUCUCUCUCUCUACCGUGAGAACAGAGCUCUGGCAAGAGAUGAUCGGAGGAAUGAUGCUGUUGAAUGAAUCUAUUCAUGACGUUGGUCAGAAACAAGUGAUUUCGCUGACGGGCUUGGUCACUGGCUUUGCAGAAUAAGCAUGAGAAGGAGAGCAACAUCCAUCUUCGUGCGGUGAACGAGAGAUUGAAGGACGUCAACUACGAACUAAAGGCUUCCGUGUGUAACAUUAUGUGCGGAUCAUGCGGCCGCCCUACCGUUGUUCGCAAGCCGUCGCCGGAAGAGCUGCGUCUCAUGAGGGAGAACGCGUGGCUCAAGGGAGAGGUAAUCAGACGCAAACCCUUCGCCGGUUCCGCAAUAUUUACUGACGGUGCUGUGUUCUCUUCCACUGAUAGGUGGACAAAAUAUCGUCCUUCCUGAGAAAUCACGGAUUCUUACCGGAGCAGCCGAUAUUGCCGAGUGUGCCGCUGCCUUCUCAAAAUCUCGACACUGGUUUCUAUCCCCCAUACACUGGUGGGACUGAUUUUUGA